AGUUUAGAAGAUCGGAAAAUCAGUAGAGCUCCUGAGAGCUACAGGCAUACACAACAAAUAUUGUGCGUGAAAUAAAUUUGAAAAUAAUACUUAGUUGCAACUCGAAUCUAGACUAAAAUUCACUCAACCUCAACCACGAUGUACAAGCUGUCGGUCUUCGACUCGGACCUGAUGCGAUUCAUCUUCCACCCGUUCCCGUUUGGGAGGGCCAAGAACGAAUACACCAUUUGGAAGAUCGCCUAUCCGAAGGGUAAUCUCUUGAAGCACUUCAGCGAUCUGAAGACCUGCAACUAUUGCACGCCGGGCCUGUUCCCGUACGUCUUCUGGCUGGUGCUGCUUUUGAGCCUGGUCGGCGUCGGCUGCACUAUGAGUCAAAUGCUGAGGCUGUGGGUGUGCCGGGAGUGUGAGCUGCGCAUGUGGCGCAGCCGGGAGUUCCAUGUGUUCGCCGCCGCGAUACUCCGACGCGCCCGAAUGAUGGGCUGCUGGAUCAAGCUCAUGACCUGGGUCAGUCUCAUCGUGGGCGCCACGACGGUCCAGCCGCAGUUGAUACGCCCCUGGAUCCUGUACAACAGCUUCAUGAUGGCCGCCGAGAUCGUAUUUUGGGUCCACGAGGUCCUGUCUGGCCAGAUCCAGCUCGAACUGCACUCGAUUCUGACCCUGGUCCUGCCCUGUCUGUAUAUCCUGAUGGUCAAGUGUGUGCAGGAGGUCUUCGAGCUGUCCGUGAAACGUGGUCUGGAGAGUUUGGUUCGAGUGGCUUGAUUCUAAAUGAAACUCAAUCGUUUGUUUAUUUUUACUAAAACCCGUUGGCCUUCAA